AUGACCCACAAUGAAAAACUCAAGUUUCGCGGUGAUGACGAGGUGCUCAAGGAACUGUGCAUGGCCAAUGGCGUAUCUUAUGACAAAAUUGCGCAAGAAGGAAAAUCUGUCACCUCGCUGGAGAUAUUCUUUUCUGGGUUCCCCCGCAUGGUUGAACUUAAGUUUUUCCCCAGACUUUGUCAGUUGACUAUAGUAGGCCAGAGCUUAGAGAUCAUUGAAGGUCUAGAAGGCUGUCCGAUGCUCCGUGAGCUCUGGGUAGUUCAGUGCCAUGUUAAGGACGUAACUGGCCUAGAGAGUUGUUUACAACUAGAGAAACUCUAUCUUUAUGAUAAUCAAAUUAGCAAGAUUCAGAAUUUGCAAAUGCUGGUCCAUCUACAAGUUCUAUGGCUCAACAACAACUGCAUCAGUGAGAUUCAGGGGCUUGAUAACCUUCAAAAACUGAGAGAGUUAAAUCUAGCUGACAACUGUAUUGAAACGAUUGGACGUGUCUUGGAGCCUAAUGUUAACCUGCAAAACCUCAACCUUUCCGGAAAUCGAAUAAAAUCCUUUAAGGAACUGACUUAUCUUGCUCAUUUACCACAACUCACAGAGCUAGCCCUCAACAACCCAACUUCGGGUCCUAACCCCGUGUGUAUGCUCUGUAACUAUGCAACACAUGUUCUGUAUCACAUGCCUGGCCUCCUCUGCCUUGAUACCUAUCAUGUGUCAAACAGCCAAGUCAAGGAAGUUGCAGAGUCCACAGUGCUAAAGAAAAUUAUGUACUACAACAUGCGUGUGCGCAUGGUUCAGAGAACGCUGGCAGAGACCUUACAUACACUGACAGAGAAAAAACAAACACUGCUGCAGAUCCCUGAAGAAAGCAUCAGGACGCUAAGUCAUUCAUUAAAAAAUCUAGAGCGUGAGCUCUCACAAUUGACAGGUGAUAUCAAAGUGCCUACAGGACUCAGCUCAGAGGAAGACCAGUCUAGUGUACACUCUGAAGAUCAAAAUAAUGAUAUCUGUCUAGAUUCAAAUUUGAAAGAAAAAAUCCUCCUCAAAAUGGAUUUGAUAAGACAGAGACUGGCACUGUGGGGCAAAAAGAUGGAUGAAAUGGAAGCCCUCCAUGAGCGGGAGGUUGCUCAUGUCACAAGCUGCAUGGACUAUGCCAUCCAGUUUCUCUUGAUUGAACUAGAAAGUGUUGGAAACAUUCGUUUUGAGGAAGGCAGUUCCACAGACCCCUGGUUUUCUUCCUGCUGCGAUCUGCUUCAUUUGCGCUUCUCUCACUCAAAUUACAGGGCUUAUGAUGUUACUGGAAUAAAAAUAAACAAAGUGAUUCGUAUUCACAACACUGCUUUGAGGCUUCGGUUUGAAGAGAAACUGCAGAUGCUGCUCAGUGAUGAAUCCUCAUGUCUUACCCAGAAUUACAGACGAAGAUUGGAACACUUGUUCUAUGUCCCUAACCCUGGAAUAGUCCCAGAAAAGGAAGACCUUUUGCACAUUUUAGAGAAUGGUUUUAAAACUGCUGAACAAUUUAAGGCUCUUGGAAGAGAAGAGGCUAUUCCUUUGUCCAACAGCCUGUAUCUCAGUGAACAGUACCGACUUGAGAGUGCAACAUCUGAUACCAGCUGCAGUUCUUUUCAUAUUAUGGAUGACAGCCUCCUCCGUCAUGGUUGGGUUAUUCUUUCCAAAGUAUUUUUAGGAAACAGCACACCAAUAAAAAAUGGUGAAUUUGUAGAAAAAAAUAACUACCCCACAGCCCAUUCUGUGUACCUAAACAUUAUCACAAAAAACAAAACAACCAGUGAAGGUAAAAAAACCUAUCAAAUCCACUAAAAUGACUUCUUCUGUAUUAAAAAUGAAUAUUUUUCUUCAGAAGUGCCAAGUUCUCCCAGAGUACAUGGUUCUGAGUCCUGUCGUCAACACAGAAAAUGGUUCAUAUUUGACAAUGAGCUCAUUCUGCCAGAGUACAUCAUAUAUUUUGAAUAUGUCACUAUGGUAACUAUUUCUGUAAUGAUAAAUCAAGAAAAGGCCAACCACAUGUAUAACACAGAGAAAAAUGGUACAUCCCCCAGUGAGAUCACUGUGGACAGGGAAGUACUGAACAUGGAGCCAGUGCUGAAGCCACAGCCUAAACUGUUAAUCCUGGAUGACAAAAUGCUGCUCAAUGUUACUCAGGCAAAUGUUUUCAGUCAGAUAACUGUGCUGAACUUGCAUGGCAACAGUCUGAGCAAGCUGAAGGACAUUUGCCGCAUUACAACUCUCAGGCACCUCUGUAUCAGUUUUAAUGAAUUCACACGGCUGGAUGACAUCCGCGGCAUGCACAGUCUUGAGUUUUUGGAUGCUAGCUUUAAUCGCUUGGUUACCCUCGAAGGAAUGAGGAGCUUGCCAAAACUCAAAGACCUUGAUGUGCGGUGGAACAAGCUGACCAGGGCCAGAGAAGAUAUGACUGUUCUGAUGAAACACACACCAGCUCUGUUAAGACUGGACACAAGACACAACCCAUGGAAAAGGGUAAAGUCAGUUCAAAAGAUCAUAUUGGCAGGUUUGAAGUCACUCACACACCUGGAUGAUGAGCUCAUCACUGAAGAGGAAGCUACUGAGGCUGUUGGAGCUGCAGAGACAAGAAUCACACAGACUUGUCUUUUAGUGCACUCCUCUACAAACGCUGAACGUCCGCGAAGCCUCAGCCUGCUUUCUACAGCCCACUUCUUGUGUGGACUCAGUCACCAUAUGUGGAACAUGAGUCUUCAGCCAGACUGGAUGUCAAAGAUAACAGCUCUGAACCUUGAUGGCUUGAGGAUUUCUAAGUUGUCUAAUCUUAGUGGACUGGUAAAUCUGCGCUGGGCCUCCUUUAACGAUAAUGACAUUGCCAAAGUGGAAGGACUUGACGGCUGUCUGAAGUUAGAGGAACUUUCACUAAAUAACAAUAACAUCAGUACUGUCACUGGUAUAUUGAAACUCACUUCUUUAAAUAGAGUGAGCUUGGAUGGAAAUCAACUGACUUUCUUGGAAGCUUUGGUUUUAGAGCAGCUGCCUAGCCUCACUUUUCUCUCACUUGACAAAAACCACAUCACUUCUCUGCAUGGGAUUCAGAGAGUCCGAUCACUUUUGGAGCUGUACAUCGGCAACAACUACAUAUCUACCACUCGAGAUAUCUUUUAUCUGAAGGGAUUAACAAACCUAAUCAUUCUGGAUUUGCAUGGAAAUCCAUUGGUUGAAAAACUGGAAAAUUAUCGCAUUUAUGUAGUCUUUCAGGUAUCGUCACUGAAAGCUUUGGAUGGCAUCGCUGUGGAAACAACUGAAUGUGAAAAUGCAAAGGACAUGUUUAGUGGAAGGUUAACAUUGGACAUGGUGUCUGAGAAACUGGGCCAUUCAAACUACUCUGACAUUACACAUCUUUCCAUGGCGUCCAAUUCCAUAAGAAUGGUUGAUCUGUCCCCAGCUGAUUUGUUUGUCGGCCUGAGAAGUGUAAAUCUGGAUCACAACAACCUCACCUCCUUCUCUGGCCUCAUCUACCUGUCUAAUAUAAAAUCUCUUAGUCUGAACUACAACCACAUUGAGUCCAUUCUGCCGCGACAGAAGGCUCAAGCUCACCUGACGAACCGACAGAUUCUGUACAAUAAAGUUCACUCCAGCGGCUAUGGCCAGCAGGGACAGACCAAGAGUAACAGGGAAGCUGUACCCUUUGGUAGCCUGGAACCGCUGAUGGGGAGUCUGGAGGAGCUGCAUUUGAGUCACAAUGGCAUCUCCAAUAUGGCCAAUCUUCAGCUCAGCAGGCUCACCAAUCUGAAGGCACUCUUUCUUCAAGGUAAUGAGAUCAGCCAGGUAGAGGGACUGGAAGGACUCCACCUUCUCAGAGAACUAGUGCUGGACAAAAAUAGAAUCAAAGUCUUUUCCGAGAACUCUUUUAUUGGGCAGGGUGCACUUUUAGAACUUCACCUGUCAGAGAACCGUGUCCGCGAGCUCAGCCACCUGGAGCACCUGACAGAGCUGCGGAAGCUCGCACUGGGCUCCAACAAGCUGCAGGAUACUGCAGAGUUGGAAAAACUAGAAGUCCUCGCUUCAUUGACAGAGCUGUGUGUGAGCGGCAACCCCGUGGCCCGUAAUUCCCUCCACAGAGCAGUUGUGGUUCUGAAUCUCUCACAGCUGCAGAUUCUGGAUGGAGUAGUUGUGACUCUAGAGGAGAGGACCAGAGCUGAAUUGCUCAACACAGAGUCCUCGGUGAGUAUCACUGGUGCUGAGAUAAACCUGCCUGGGCUGCUCCCACUUAUGUCACGUAACACAACUUUAAGAGCCAUCACCACCAUGAGUGGAGGGCUGCAGAAUCUCAUCCACGGACAGGAUGGUUCAUUGACUGCUGCAGAUGAGACCCCACAACAUCACAGCUACAAGUAUAAGAAGCACAAACACUGUAAUCCAGCUAGGAGUGAGAUGAGAUCAACGCGCAGAACUGGAGGGAGCCUGUCCAGCACUGGUUUAACUAUGACAUAUUCCCAACCAGAGCAGGAAAGCAGAUUCCCAAAUGGUGCUAAACCUCCAAAUAUGUAAUUUGGUGUGUUUUGUAAUAAUGUAAAAUAUCUGUACAUUUAAUAAAAUUUAAAAUUAAAAAGUCUGUUUUACUGCAGAAGACUAGAUAUGGUAA